UUCUAAAAUAUUAUAGAGCGAUAAAAAAAGUUAAUAAAGGUGAUUACGUAACAGUCACUCCUUCAUGAUUGAUUUUGUUUAAAAAGUAUAGAGAACAUUAAAGUUGAUCCCUUUCCUUCAUGCUGACACUCUUAUGCUCGUCUAGUGCAUUACACUGAGACUUUAACGUAAGCCGGAGGACCAUUUGCAACCAUGCCACAAGUCAGUCCAACCUUCAUUGUCACAGAGAAUACUGCAAGAAGAGUGCGCACCCAUACAAGUUAAAUAUAACCAGAACAUGGGAAAGGUUAUGAGUGUCCUGUACAUUAUUACAGCUUUCGGAAGAAUGUUCUUGUGAUGUAAUACCAAAAAAAAAAAAACAUUUUGAAUAAUCAAAACUUUCUAGAAAUAUAUUUAAUGCCAAAAACAUAUAGCAAAUGAGCCAACACAUCAUCGCGUUUAACGUGUUUUGAACUUUGCACUCGUGGUUAAUACAAAAUUUUGUUCAUACACAAGAGUGCACAAAUCAAAAUUUACUUUUGAUAUUUCUUUCAAUCAUAUUUUUCUUUGAAGUCAUCAUUUCUAUACAGCUAAAUAACAUAUAACGUUGUGGUAAACAAAAAUAUGCAAAUAUUUACAUCGCACUUGUAAAUUUUGCGUACAAGUGUGAUUUUUUGCACACCAUAGCACUGGUAAUUUUUUUAGCGGAUGCUCUUUGUAGCUAUGGCAUAGUUUUUGCAAGAAAUUGCCCGGUUUUAUAUGUUCUUUAUUUUGUUUUAUUGACCUCUUUCUUGAUUCACACAUUUUAAUAUGCUCCUUUAACCAUUAACAUUAGGUAGGAAUAUUGCAUGCAUAUUAGUAAGCAUGUUGUAAUGCUGUUAUUUUUAUGGGUUUUUAAUGACAAAAAUAAUUCUAGUUUGUUUGACUGACGUAUGCUGCAAUGAACUUGUUUUCCUUCUGACAAAACAAUACAUGCAAAACAGAAAAAUCAAAGAUUUUGGUGACUGGUUGAACAUACUUUGCUACCAAAAAUGUGAAUUGAUUAUUCUACUUUUGAUUGCAAAGUUCUAGUCAAAAUGUGGAACAUCAUUUUCUUUAGUUAAGACCUAGCUUCAUGUACAGGUCUGUUAUUAAAAUGUUGAGAUUCCAAAAAAAGGCCUAACAUUAUCUGUGAUAAUGUUAUACUGAAGAAUUCAUGAUAAAAAGAUUUUUGCACAAUGAAGUAAAUUGUUUCCCUUUUUGUUGCUAAAGAAACCAAGGUUAGUUUGUUUACUUGUGUGUUUCACCUCUGAUAUUGAAAGACGAUAUUUUUAAACUGUAUUGUUGUUUUGUAGUUGACAAGAAAUAACAAAACUUCUACGAACGGAUGAGAAAUUGUUGUAAAUUUUCAAAGAAAAAGUUGAGAUGAUGCUGAUAAACACAAUAUAUUUGUUCUCUGUCGUUAAUAUCAUUGUUUCCAGAGAUGUACAAAGAGCUAAUUAUAAAGACACAAUUUCUGUUAGUUACAGUAACAGCGACUGCCCUGGCUUUAACAGUAUAUGGGGUAUGAAUAAUACAUGCACGUGUGGUCUUGAUAAAGCCUACACUUUUAUGUCAGCAUUUCCAAAUGGUCCUCCUACAUGUGUUAAACUUUAUAUGGAUCCUUUUGAUAUAAAUUCAUUAUAUCCUGGGAUAACAACAACAACAACAAAAACAACAACAACAACAAAAACAAACAAACCUAGCACUACAAAAAAUAUCCCAAGUAAACCAUCAACCACUAAGAAAAUAGAAACUACUGAAAAGGCAACCACAACUGAAAAAAUAACCACAACUGAAAAAGUAGCUACCACUCGAGAAGUAGCUACCGCAACAAAGUCUCAACCUUUAACAAAUAAAAUAACAGAUAUUUCUACAACAACUUCAAAAACUACUUCUGUUUGGUCAAAGCGAACAACAAAACCCCAAUUCACAUAUUCGACAUCGAUUUCUUCUGUUGCUAAUAAAUCAAAACAAAAUGAUGAUUCUGGUUGGAAGACUGUAUCUAUUAUCAUGACUACAGUUGCUGUGUUGGUUUCUUUGGUAACUAUUAUCAUUGUGGUUUAUGUGUGUAGAAAGAGGUUGAGAGGCAAAAAAGACCAAACCUGUAAUGAUGUUCCAAUGAAAAUCAAAUCAAAUCAUGCAACUAAUAACAGCAACAACUAUGAUCAAUUUGAGCAGGAUACGUACCUAUGCCCUGUUGACACGUUAAAUCAAAUGAAAAAUAAUUAUAAUUCAAAGGACUUACCCAAUCCCAUUUACAAAGAGAUUGAGCAUCCAUCUCAUUACACCAGUAUACCACCAACCUCAACAGAUGUUGCAUAUGCAGAAUUAACAAAUAACAGACGCGAAACAAUGUUGUCUACAACUAGCUCUACCUGUGGUUUAAUAACAGACACUGGAGACAGUUAUGCACCCCUUGGUGUUCAGCGUAGUGAACCAUAUACAGUUUUAAACUCUAUUCAUGAGAAUUACCAGCCUGUUGGAAAAGUUUCGGAUUAUAUUUACGCAGGAUUAAACAAGAAAGAUGUAUAUGCUGAACCCGUUUAUCGUGAGAUUGAACCUGAUGUUCCAACUGAUCCUGUUUAUCAAGGUGUUGAUAAUCCGAACUUUUAUACUGAAAACCGUAAUAACCUUCCGUUACAUAAUAAAACAGCUGUGAACAAUGACGCAUAUGAAUACGCAGCUCAUAAAAAUGAUGAAAAUUUUUAUCACGAAUUAGCGAAGCCUUAAUUUUUUUCAAAAAACACCUGGUAUUGUUAAAGCCGAAGUUCAUUAGAUUCUUGGUCAUGUAUAUUAGAGUAGAGUUUAGAUGUAGCAUUUUAUCUUGUAUUAGUAUCCUUGUAGGAGACAAUAACGAACUUUACUUGUUACGUUA